AUGGAGCGAAGAUCUCUGGAUUCAGAGCGCCCCAUUAUGGCUCCUAGCCUCACCUCAAAGCGAACCUCGAAGCGAUAUUCGACCUUUUCAGCCUCUCCCUCCUUCGCGACUGUUGACAUGCUUCAAGAGUCAGGCGCGGCGCAACGACCCCUCAACGUGACCGCCGCUUCCGGAAUGGCCGAGAUCAAGCAACUCACCCAAGGCCUUGACAGGCUCGACAACAAGAAGCUAGAUCUUCAAAGAUUUGUUCCCAGCGAGAAGAAAACCCAAGAGAUCAAGGCGCUCAGCGUAGGUGCAAAGCUGGACCGGGCUUUGGGUCAUCGACUCUCAAACCAAGACGCCACUUUCAGCAAGAAGGGCUCACGACUCAGCAUAUUGGGUAACAAGCAGAUCACCCCGAUGUCUAUGGUUUCUGAGAAGUCAGCGAUGUGA